AUGAAAGACAUCCACCUGAAAAGAAUGCCUACAAGACCGAAUCUACGGGCCGACAUAUCAGCUCCAGAAGACUCUGAUGACGACGACGACUCGGAAACCUCUGAAGGACCCCUGCUACGGAAAACGACUACGAUUUUGGACAAAUCCCUUUGUUGCAAAAGUUUUUUUUCGCUCUUAGCCCUGCUAGUUGCUUCUGCUACUCUCAUUGCUAUCCUAUACUCCAUUGGAGUUGGGCCAUGGCAUCUUACGCACUCAAGAGUCAUGUAUGGUCACUCCAAGUAUGCUACCUUCAAUUGCUGGAAUAUAAGUACAACGUCCAUUUUUGUGCCAUGGGAUAAAGAGUUUUCUACCAGGAACAUGACCGCUGUAUUUGCAAAGGAUUAUGGCAAAAAGUAUGUGGAAAGUCGAGCUUCCAGCCUGGACGAUUCCAACAUUGAUGAUCUCAUGAAUCGUACAUGGGAAAUCUAUAACUACGACUUCCUCACGGACGGGGUGCUCUGCUGGAUAAGAAUCCUACACCAUAAGGAACGUCGAACCGUCCGAUGCAACUGGAUCCAUCCGGAUUUAGGGGUGCCAGAAUGGCACUGCAACAUGACUUGUCGACCCUUGAUACUGUUACCACUCCAAGGAUACUGGGACACUGAAGUAGUCUAUGCGGCUCCACAUAGAUCCUCAGGCUGCCGGACCUGGCUCCCACGUUGGGAGUUCUGGGGGGACUACCAUCUGAACUGCAGAGAAGACGUUGUGGUCACCAGAAGACCCCCGGUGGUAAGGCCUCCGAGGACCAAAGCACAACCUCGUCCUACAUCAGAGAGUUUUAUGAACAUCACUGCUUUUCUGAUUAAACAAGGUCCCAGACGAUUCAUGUUUCAACAUGAUCAGAUGGACUGUUACCAACAAAAGUUUAAGAUGUUGGACCCGUGCUUGUGGAACAAGUUUGUGAAAUGUAGCGGUCAAAAUUACAUGGUUUUGGGCAUAGAAGAAUACCUGGUUAAAUCAAGGAUUUGGCCGAAAGUGGUGCGUACUGAGAUAGAAACCUGGCUGAAUGACUCAUUCCCCUGGACUGAAAUAGCAGUGAACCAGCCUUACUUCAUUGGAGAUUUUCCCGAGGGGGCAGUUCGCUCUCCCGUCGGGCUAGAAGGACCACAUAUUGCCAACUUGCGUACACAACGAAUCCCGACUCCUGACGAUCUUCUGAAUGCUCCUAAAGACCAGUUUGCAAAAAUUGACAAGUGCGUAGCCAAAAAGAUUUUUGAGAGUCUCAAUGACACCACCUGGGUGAGAACUCUCUCCUCCCCACGAUGCGACAUCUGGCAGACCAUUAACACCCUUUACGCCACGUGGACCUAUCAAUGCCCCGAUCCUGAAGUAGUUCCCACAGCGAAACUCGCUCUGCAAGGCUGGUAUGAGAAUCAUUAUCGGGAAUGGGACUGGGAAUUUUGGGGAUUCCAACGGAAGGAGUUUGAAGCCUGGGUGUUACCUUGCCUCAGUCAGUCAAACAAUUAUUGGAUAAAGUAUCAGUAUGUUGCCACUGUCUAUUCCAAAGAAACCACCAUAUGGCCGGGAUUCUUUUGGAGACCCGACCCAUAUGUGAAUCCGAGACCCUGGCGCAUGACGUGUCGAAGCAACAACACUGAAUGCGUCAUAGGACUGGCUAGAAGCCCUUGCCAAACUGUUUUGGGUUGGGAGGACUACUGCAAAGCUCAUUAUGCCAAUGCAUAUGACACCCAUUCCUCGGAGGUUACUUGGAGGAAAAUUGAUGGAGUAUGGCGGAGGGCAAUUGUGAGUGGGAAGACAUGUACUGAUGCGAUCCUGGGCUAUCACCUCCAGAAGCGUAACCGCAUUGUUAAUGUCCCGGUUCCCUUCAUCCCACGCCCCCUCAUAGCCAUUGCUGAGGGGCAUGCAUUCCGGAAAAGUCUGUGCAAAGGGGAAGUAGACCACGGGUUCGACUGGAUUGGACCUAACCUCUUGUACUCUAACCUCACCUGCUACGUGACUAAGGAAACAUGGCAGCAGUGCGGACAUGAAGACCAUCGGCAUAACUGCUACUGGUACGAGGUCUUGGGCUCCACUGUGGGUACCACGGUCACCGACGUUGUGGAAGGUGUUGCCGACGUGGUGGGAGGAGGGCUCUCUAUUGUUGAGGGUUGGUUACUCGGUGCCCUGAAUAGGUUGUGGCCGUAUUUGCUAGGCCUCCUGGGCGUCGCCAUGGUUUUGAUUAUGGGCAAGGUCGUCUUGGCGAUAUGGCUGAAAGCACUUUGUCGCUGCAAUAGGAGGGACUAUAAGUCCCUCCCUUCAAGGGAGGAGCGUACCUCUGCAUAAAAGAGAGCUGCUGUGUGCCUACAAGCCAUUCCUUCAUCUUCACGGCUGCGGCGAGGACCUGACCCAAGGACAGACCAUCUGCAGAGAUCAUGGCAUCCAACUCAUUUACUAACUCCUCGGCUGCCACUUCGCUUUUUACAUCAAUCCAAGCAUCGAUCUGCUGUGUGGGGUGUGGAAUUACCGCAGAAUCCUAUGGAUUCCUUUGGGCUGCAUCGUCAACCCGGUGGUGUCACGAAUGCGUGCGCACUCACUACAGUUAUGUGACGGCAAUCUUCUGCGUCGAAGGUCGAGAGGCAUUGCCGUAUGUUGCGGCUUCUACAUCUAGAUCCCUGGAGCGGGACCACCGGAUUGUGUGGACCUCUGCCUUGGGCCAAAAAACCGACAUGCUAUCAUCGUCCCAGCUGGGAAAUGGGCGGCUGUACCCCAUUGUUCGGAAGUUAUGGGAGGAUCCACUGACCCGUCGCUGCCUACCUACCCUCCACCUUUUGAACGGUAGGGUAGUAGCUGUGGGAGAAUAUAUUCCCCCUGUUUGCCCAGCGUCGCCGGACAUGUUUAUCGGUGUCGGUACCCAAACCAGCACAGCAACGCAAGAUCAGUGCUCCCAAACUGAAGCUUUCAGUUCAUCUCAUCAACCCUUCCAGACCGUUGAUGUCCUCUCAUCAUCGCCCGCACCAGACACCACUGUAUGCAGAGCCUCGAGUACUUCAGACGUGGGAUUCUGUCAGAGGGAGUUGGCCCCCACGACGCUGUCUACCUAUGAGGUGGAAUUCCAGGAGCUGUUGGCAGAGUUAUGUGCAUUGUCUACGCCUACCUUGGGAGUGAGUACUACUACUCCUACUCCUCCACCUCAACUGAAUCCACCAUAUCCUACGUCCCAACCCUGCACUACGUCUGGCGGGGAUAUGGAUACGGACGGUUGGCUCUCGCCACCAUCGAAUCUGACGGAAUAUGAUAUAGUGGACACGUGGACACCGUCUUCCUCUCCUACAGCAGGCCACGAAGAGGACGCUCUAAUUCUUUGCUGCGAUGAUGGACUGGACAAUGAUCUUGAUCUCUUUUGAGUGGGGCUGUGUGGUUUCUGCUGAGCACUGUCCGAUCUCAAGGCGGGGGUGUCAAUAAAUCUGGUAUGUGAGUGUGAGAUCAGUCCAGGUUCAUGCAGAAAAAUGGAUCACAAAAUGCCUAGGGGACUGCCACAGCCUUGUGUGUUGAUUAAUAAUGAUUUCUUAAUGUGUAAUUUCUGUAACGAUAAACCAAAAUCAAGUAAUCUAUGGUUAUUGAAUUG